AGAUGAACAAAUACUACAUAGAUAGUGGGGAAAAGCAAUUUUAGUAAUCCAAUCGAGAGGUCUUGAAACAAUUAGAUGUCACUAACAGGUCAGAGGCUUCUUUGAAAACCUCAGUGGUUUCAUUUGCUUGUGAUCGAGAGAACAAGUAUGAGAUCGAGGAUUACAGGACUUAACUCGAAGAAUAGUUGGCUGAAAAUAUUGAACUCAAAAGAAUGUUAAUGGACGAGAUAGAGAAAAAUAAAAGGAUGGGGGAUAUUGAUAAAUCAUCUCAAUUUUUAGAGUAGCAGGACAAAUUUGCGUAGAUUCUCAAUAAAAAGGACAAUGAGAUAACAAAUUUAAACAAACUAUUAAGACAAUUGGAAAUUGAAGUAUUUGAUUAUAAUAUAUAUUAUAGAACAAACUAUUACACAAGGAUGAUUAAUUAGAAUCUUCAAGAAGAGUGGAAAAAGAAAAGCAAUUAGAAAAAAAGAUUAUUGAAUAUGAACAUAAAAUAAAUUUGGUAUUAGGAGAGAAUUCAAAAUUGAAUUAAGUAUUUAUAUGACCAUCAAUAGAUUUUAUAAGAAAGGAUUACUCAAAUAGAGAAGAUGAAGCAUACAGUUGAUCAAUUGGAAAGGGAGAAAGUGUAGAUAGCCGAAAAGUAUGAGAUUUUGAUUGCAGAAGCAAACAAUCUAUCAUCCAGAGAGAAGUGUACUAUAGAGAAGUGUCUUAAUGCAUAGAAGUAAGAUUAUUAAGUUUGAAAUUUAGAAACGAAUUCUAGAAGCAAUUGAACAUUGUGAAUACUUAGAAUAAUUAAAUGACUAACAUACUGAAUUAAUAAAAGAAUUCGAUUGAAUAAUUGGAAUUAUAAUUGGAGGAGAAUCAACUUUAAUUGGAGAUGACUAAACAGGGAUAUGAUUAACAGAUUAAGGAAAAGGAGAAAUUGAUUUAGCAAAGGGAGAAGGAGAACUAGGACUUAAUGGUUAAGUUUAAUGAAUUGGAAAAGAAAUUAGUUUAACAGAAUCAAUAGAUUACUUUGUUGGAGCAAUAAUUAUAGACAAACAAUGAGUAGGUUGUGAUUGAAGAGAUGUAGAAGUACUUUGAGGAGUAGUAUGAUAUCAAGGAGAAAGAACUUGAAUAAUAACAUAAAAAGGAGAUCUCAAAUUUGAUGAAUUAGUUGAAUGAGAAUUAGAAUUUCAUUGAAGAAUUAUAAAACCAUCUAACUGAAAUACACAAGCAAAUCACAAAAUUCAAAUCGGAGAAGCAAAUGUUGAGAUAGUAGAAUUAAGAAUUGCAAGAAUAAGUGAAGCAAUUAUCAUCAGAAAUUAAACAGUAAGAUGAUCCUAGAUACUCCUAAGAAUAUAUGUUACCUCAAUUCAACAUUUCCUGUUAAAGUGCAAUGACUGAUCAAUCCUUAUGUGAUGACAGAGAAAGACAAAGCAAGUAGGGCAGACACUUAAAUAAAAGCAAAGAUACAAUACUGUAAAAUAAAGAAAAUCACGAAAAAAGAGAUCCUAAAUCCAAUUAAUGCAUAAAUUAAUUAAAACAACAAUCUCAAUAAAAUACAUCAUACAAGGCGUAAUUCUAAUAGAAAGUAAAGAAAAGCAAUCCUGCCAAUAAGGAUAUGUAUGCUCUCGAUACAUUUGGAAACAGAGAUAGAUCAAUUUCAUGUUUGGAUAUGAUUAACAAGGGAAUCAAGUUCAGAGAAUCCUCAGAUGACGAGGAUCAAUCACCUAUUGCGUAGUUUAAAUAGUGGAAGUAGUAGAUGACGGUUCGUUAAUGA